GGGCCGGAGCCGCUGAGCCUGCCCGGGAUCCUGCACUUUAUCCAGCACGAGUGGGCGCGCUUCGAAGCCGAGAAGGCCCGCUGGGAGGCCGAGCGCGCCGAGCUGCAGGCGCAGGUGGCCUUCCUCCAGGGAGAAAGGAAAGGGCAAGAGAAUCUCAAGACAGACCUGGUGCGGCGGAUCAAGAUGCUGGAGUACGCGCUGAAGCAGGAGAGGGCCAAGUAUCACAAAUUGAAGUUUGGGACCGACCUGAACCAGGGGGAGAAGAAACCAGAACUGUCAGAACAAGUCUCCAAUGGCCCCGUGGAGUCCGUCACCCUGGAGAACAGCCCGCUGGUGUGGAAGGAGGGGCGGCAACUGCUCCGACAGUACCUGGAAGAGGUGGGCUACACGGACACCAUACUAGACAUGCGGUCCAAGCGUGUGCGGUCCCUCCUGGGCCGCUCGUUGGAGCUCAAUGGGGCUGUGGAGCCCAGCGAAGGGGGCCCCAGGGCCACACCGGGCCCCGGGGGGCUCAGCGGCGGCGAGUCGCUGCUGGUGAAACAGAUCGAGGAGCAGAUCAAGAGGAAUGCGGCAGGCAAAGACAGCAAAGAACGCUUGGGCGGCUCCGUGCUCGAGCAGAUCCCCUUCCUGCAGAACUGCGAGGACGAGGACAGCGAUGAGGAUGACGAGCUGGACAGCGUGCAGCACAAGAAGCAGCGCGUGAAGCUCCCCUCCAAGGCCCUGGUGCCCGAGAUGGAGGACGAGGACGAGGAGGAUGACUCAGAGGAUGCCAUCAAUGAGUUCGAUUUCUUGGGCUCAGGAGAGGACGGGGACGGCUCUCCCGACCCUCGGCGUUGCCCUGGAGAGGGGACCCACCAUGAGCUAGAAAGCCGGCGGGUCAAACUCCAGGGAAUUCUGGCUGACCUUCGGGACGUGGAUGGGCUGCCCCCCAAAGUGACUGGCCCACCUCCUGGCACACCCCAGCCCCGGCCACACGAAGGUUCCUUUGGCUUCUCCUCAGACGUAUUCAUCAUGGACACUAUCGGGGGCGGGGAGGUGAGCCUGGGGGACUUGGCAGAUCUCACCGUCACCAACGACAACGACCUCAGCUGUGAUCUGUCCGGCAGCACAGACGCCUUGAAGAAGACAUGGAACCCCAGGUUCACCCUCCGCUCCCACUACGACGGCAUCCGCUCCCUGGCCUUCCACCACCGCCAGUCAGCUCUGCUCACUGCCUCCGAGGACGGCACGCUCAAGCUCUGGAACCUGCAGAAGGCCGCCACCGCCCGCAAGAAUGCUGCUCUGGACGUGGAGCCUAUCCACGCCUUCCGGGCUCACAGGGGCCCCGUGCUGGCAGUGGCCGUGGGCAGCAACAGCGAAUACUGUUACAGCGGGGGCGCAGAUGCCCGCAUCCACAGCUGGAAGAUUCCAGACCUCAACAUGGACCCCUACGAUGGUUACGACCCCAGCGUGCUGAGCCAUGUCCUGGAGGGCCACGGGGACGCUGUGUGGGGCCUGGCCUUCAGCCCCACGGCCCAGCGCCUGGCCUCCUGCUCCGCCGACGGCACCGUCCGCAUCUGGGACCCCAGCAGCAGCAGCCCGACCUGCCUCUGUACCUUCCCCAUGACCAGCGAUCACGGGAUCCCCACCUCAGUGGCCUUCACCAGCACCGAGCCUGCCCACAUCGUGGCCUCCUUCCGCUCUGGCGACACCGUGCUGUAUGACCUGGAGGCUGGCAGUGCCCUCCUCACGCUGGAGUCCCGGGGGAGCAGCGGCCUGACCCAGAUCAACCAGGUGGUCAGUCAUCCUAGCCAGCCCCUCACCAUCACCGCCCAUGACGACAGAGGCAUCCGCUUCCUGGACAACCGGACGGGGAAAUGCGUGCACUCCAUGGUUGCCCACCUGGACGCCGUCACCUGCCUAGCCGUGGACCCCAACGGCGUAUUCCUGAUGUCAGGAAGUCACGACUGCUCCCUGCGGCUCUGGAGCCUGGACAACAAAACGUGCGUGCAGGAGAUCACAGCCCACCGCAAGAAGCACGAGGAGGCCAUCCACGCUGUCGCCUGCCACCCCAGCAAGGCCCUCAUUGCCAGCGCAGGCGCCGACGCCCUGGCCAAGGUCUUCGUAUGAUGCCCACGCGGCCCGGCCCCGGCCACCACGCUGGCUGGGGAGUGGGGCCGGCAGGUGGCACUGAGGUGACUUCCAGCCUCAGUCUGGAGGCCCGGAGGCCCGGCCUCUUCCCACCUGCCUGGGAGCCUGGUGGUGCUAAGGGCCCUUUCCCAGGAGGCCCUCCCCCAUGGGCCGUCCUUCCCUGAGCCCGGGAGCGGCCGUCUUCAGGAAUCCCCCUCCAGGAUGGCCUCUAGGAGCUUCCUCUCCGCCCCGACGCCCCCCUGUCUCCGAGCUGCCUUCCCGGGGCAGCACAACCAGGACUGGGUGUCCUCGGGUAUCAGCUUUUCCAAGACGCCUCAAGGUGCCAGGUUCUCUCUUUGAACCCCCAACCCCUCCUCUCCAUCAUCCCGGACUGGGGUGGGGGCUGUGCUGGGAGGAAUCCCAGAUGCCCCUGCUCUGGAUCUGCCCGGAGCCAUGGAGCCAGCUGGAGCCCAGGCCGUCCUCAGUCCGGGUGCCGGGCUUCGCCCACCCCAGCAGCACGCCCAGUCUGCCACCUCCCUUCCAGGUCCCUCAGCACAGCUUUCCAGACACUACCCAGCACCUCCAGAGCCAGUAACUGCCUGGGGAGCAGGCGAUGCCCGCGGGGGAGGCGCCCGCCCCUCCCUCCCCCCAGCUCCCCACAGGGUCACCCCGGGGGAGGGAUGGCCUUCUCUUGCCCCUCCCUGGGGCAUGGAGGCUGAGUGCGUCCCCCGGGUCCCCAUAACUCCCUGUAUAUCUGUAUAAAUAAAUGGGAUUUUCAUGGAGCCCCGCCCCCACGUCGUUAUCACUGUGUGAUAGUUUGUCUCCUCUCCUGCCCUCCACUCUCUUCCUCUAUUUAUUUCACUCUUUUUUGGGUUCCCCCUGAGCCCUCAGGCCCCCUUCCAGCUUCCUGUUUAUAAGCCCCCUCUCCUCUGCCCUGGACUUGUAUGUGAAACUUGUCUCAAUAAACCCUUUGGAGUAAGA